UUGUCACGUGACCAAAUAUUAAAUUUCUGCAAACAAUAUGAUCAAAAGACUCCAAAUAAUUAGAUGCCCUGGAGCGUAAACACUUCAGUGCAACUAGAUGUACACAAAAGACCACGUGUUAACAUGUUGUUAAUUGUUAAUUAUUGGUUUCUAAAGAUUAAUGAGUGAAACAUCAAAGGAAAGCUGAACUGACAUUUCAUUUGUUUUCGAUCCAAGAUGGCGGGUCGAAAUGUUCGACAACAGCAGCCUAGUAUAUAUGAUACACCCGAAAAGUUACAGUCAAACACUCUAAAGAGACAUCCAAAGAUGGAUUUGAGCAAAAAUGAAUUAUUGAAAUUGUUGAGUUAUCUUGAAGGUGAAUUGCAAGCCAGAGAGGUUGUCAUAGCAACACUUCGGUCUGAAAAAGCCAAACAACUUAUAUAUCAAGCAAAAUAUGGAAAAGUGAACACAACAGAUCCUUUCUUAGCUUUACAAAGAGAUACGGACAGACUGAACGAUAACAGUUUUGAUGAAGGUGCUAUAAAAUCUAUGUAUGACAACCAACUGGCUCAGUUAGAAAAUCUAAUAGCAACACAGAGAAAGGCACAGAUGAAAAUGAGAGAACAGUGUUCUGUUGCUGAGAAAAAACACAAUAAGGUUUGCCAAGAAUUAGAAGAUGAGAAACGUAAACAUGCUCAUGAUACUGCACAAGGUGAUGACGUUACAUACAUGUUAGAGAAAGAAAGAGAAAGAUUAAAACAAGAGAUUGAUUAUGAAAAGAAUCAGAAUAAAAAGAUUGAAAAAGAUCUUAAGAAAACACUAGCAAGUCUUGAAGAGGAACGUGCUAAUUCUGUGAAACAUAAACAGGUUGCAGUUAUGCUUAUAAAGGAACAAAAGAAACUCAUAGAAAAAUUAAUUCUUGAUAGAGAGAAACUGAAAAAGUAUGAAAAUGCUCUAAAAGAAGAGAAGAACAAACAUGUAAAUGUUGUGGAAGGACUUGUGGAGGAGAGUAAAAAAUCAUUGAAAAUGGAGGCAGUGAUGGAAAAACAGUGUAGUGAUUUUGAUGUUGAAAGGGAACAAUUAAAAGGAAAGCUUGCCAAAGAGGAAGCCAAAAAUAAAGAACAUCAAAUUGAAAUAGAAUCCUUAAGGAAGCAAAUAGAAGCCUUACAAAAACAUGUUCAUAAAGAUUCUAUACAGAGCAUUGAAAUUAGGUCAACAGCAUCUCCACGUCAAUCGGCAGAUGUUUCACCAAAAAAUGUGCCAAAACAGAGUGACAUGAAUGUGAUAACAGACACUCAAAACAGAGUUAUGUCCCCUGUUUAUACUGAAAGUGAGGUUCAAAGGAAGGCUCGUUCUAUAACAAUGUCUCCCGAUAGAUCCAGGGAAACUUAUGCAAGGAAAAGUAACUCUGAUGUUCGUUUUGCACCUGUUGGUGCUGCUUCAAAUGACAAAAUGGGUUUCGAAACUUCUCGAGGUGGUUCUAAGAUGUCAUCCAUAUCUUCAACAACGAUAUCAGGAGGUGGAAAAGUUCUGACUGUUAAUGUGAGUGGUCAUCCUAAUGUUAGUCUUUCAUCUGGGAAUGUGUCACCAAGGAAAAUGGUACCAACAGGUCGUGGUACUCCACCCCCUUUACCACCCAACAAACCAGUUUUGUCAGCCGUAUCAACCUCAAAACCAGCUCCGCCCCCAAAGGUGGGUAUUUCAUUAACCAAAGAUGGGGCCGCUAGGUCACCUAAAGCAGUACACAUACCUGUCAGUGUGGUGCACAGCAGUGGGACUGAAACCUCAUCGGUCAGGAAACCCACCACACAGUUAAGUCCUGAGAAUGCUGCUUUAGAUGUUGAAACGCCCCCUACUUCCUCUGAUCCUUUGGAAUUCCUCGGGCCAGAAAUGGCUGAUCUACAACAACUUCUUACUACUAUUAUGUCAGAUUCGGAUACUACACAUAAUGAAAUAGACCCUACAUCAUCAUUGCAGCAGUCAGCUUUAUCAUCAUCAUUAUCUUCAUCAUCCUCUGCUAAUGAAAUUGAAGCUUCUCCUCUCCAUAAAUUCUCAUUUGAUGGCAACUUUGAUUCUCUGCGGAAACUUAUAUUAGAAUGUGAUGCGGAUGUAAAUCUUCCUUUGAAAGAUGGAUCAACACCAUUGCUUAAAGCUGCUGAAAAGGGUCACGAUGGAUGUGUGAAGUUAUUGUUGGAGUAUGGAGCCAAUCCCAACUCGGUGAGAGAUGACAGAUUUAGUGCAUUACAUGCAACAGCCAUACAGGGAUAUAAAGUAUGCUUAAAGUUGUUGUUAGAUCAUGGAGCUAGUCCUAACCAUGGUGAUUACAAUAGUUGGACAGCUUUACAUUUAGCAGCUACAGAGGGACAUACUGAAUGUUGUCAUUUACUGUUAGAACAUGGAGCUAAACUCAAUAGUAUAUCAAAUACCACAUGGACACCAUUACACAGUGUAGUGCAUUCAAAUCUUGCUGAAUGCUUGAGAUUUUUGUUGACUUACCAUCCUAAAUCUGCUUCACGGACUUACAACUUAAAUGAAGUAGUUGAUUUAUCUGAUAAAGAUGGCUGGACAAUCACCCACAUAGCAGCUACUCAUAAUACUCCAGAUUGCUUAGAUGUAAUAUUGAACCACUGUAAUGUAGAUUUAGAGAAGAAAGAUAGAUGGGGUAGAACUGUGUUAGAUGUUGCUUCCCCACAAUGUAAUCAAUACCUUAGACAAAUAGUUGAUUCCAAAGAUGUUUCCCUAUCAGUGAUACUAGAAAUUUCCUAUGUUUCCUCAUCCAAUACAGAUAUGUUUACUUUACCAACACAGAAAUUUAACAUUGGAAGUGUAUUGCUCGCACCAAACACACCAUGGGUCAUAUUGGAGAAUAAAUUACAGUUUGUUUUGACUUCUUUCUUAUCACAGCUAGACGUUGGUUUGAAAACAAAAAGAACCAGUAGAUUGGAUCCAGAAAUAGGCGGAGACAGCAUGCAGUAUUCACUAGGAAUCAAAUUUGAUAUUCUAGAUAGGUUUAUGCUAGGUAGAUUUGGUUGGAAGAAAGGUGACAGUUUUCAACAACUGCCAUAUGAUGUAAUGUGCAAUAAUAAGGCUAAUACUGUCAGUAUUAUAGUGGAAAAUAGUAUAGAAGCUUUGGCCUGUGAUGUUUUGUUCCCAGUGUCUGUUCUACAAAAUUACAUUAGAUUGCUUGAACAUUACAAAAGUGUAGUGUUUUAUGGUCCUGAUUCUACAGGGAAGACCUACUUAGCCAGAAGAUUAGCUAAUUAUAUCGCUAAAAAAGAGCAGGAAACAGGAAAGAUUACAGAAAUACACCAUGUUUCACUGCAUGAAAAUUAUAGUCACAAUGAUCUAGUCAAAUUACUGAAAAAUACAGGUUGUAUGGUAAAAGAAGACAAUGAAGAAGCUGAUUGCAGAGCCCCUAUUUUGAUUCUAGAUAAUUUAGAUAAUAUAAACAUUGCUGAGUUGUUUGGACCUUUACUGAAUGCUGUGGAACAUAGAGGACAGUUUCAUUCUUUUACUCUUAAUGGUGCUACAGACGAAGGUGGUGAAGAUCUCUACUUCUUUGUAGAUAAUUUAUACAUACUGGGAACCAUGAAUAAAUCAAGGUCUAUUGGGUUGGACUUUGGUAUACAACAGAGAUUUCGAUGGGUACAUCUACGUAUUGACAUUGAACCCAUACGUAACUUGUUAGCUAGACAUCUACUUAGAAGAUUUAUUCAUAUAAACAAGGGCCAGUUGCCAUCUUCAGACAGUACAAUAUUUCGAGCUGUGGAAUGGGUUGUUUGUGUGUGGCAGAGACUGAAUGAUGGUUUAGGAAAACUUGGUCUACCAGAUGUGGUGUUUGGUCCUUAUCAGUUUUUGUCUUGUCCCCUGGAAACUCUUGAUCCACAAAGUAUUCAAAGUUGGAUGGCAACAAUGUGGAAUAAUGUUAUUUCUCCUGUUGUCAAAGAAGCUGUGAUAAAGAACAGUGGAAAAGAUGCCUCAGAUAUUGGCCAACAGAAAGUUGUCAGUACAGCGUUAUAUGUCUUAAUGCAAAGGGCUGUUGUACCAGGAUGUCCAUUGUCUGGUCAAGAUAAAGAACAUUUCCUUCACAGUUUAUCUGGUACUAAUGAACUUGAUAUUCCAAUAAAACAAGAUAAGACAUCAAAAUCAACUGGACUUUCUAGACGUUCGAGGGAGAAUAGUCCAGUCAGAUUACAGAGGAAUUCAAUAGGAAGUGACAGUAAACCUGACAUCAUGUUGGCCUCAUCCAGUAUCAAAAGGAGAAGUCUCUCCGAUAUGUCUCUUCAAUCUACUUUUGAAACAGAAGAAAUAAAACAGGACCCACAACAGGCCAAAGUUCCCAAGUUAGAAAUUAGAUCACCUGUGAUAUUCUCUAGAAACUCCCCAUUACGUGCCUCAACACCUGCUGGGAACUUUUGGGAACCAGACAAUAACUCUUCACCCAUAAUUAGAUCUUACAGUGUAUCAAAUCGUCCAAAUUCCUCCCAAGGAAGGAGCACUUCAAAUAUCCCACAAGUGUCUAGGAGGACAAGAUCAUCAGAAAAUUUAACAACUUUCGGAAGUCCUUAUGGAUUUAGCAAGCUUAAUAAUAACAAUAUCACACCAAAAUUAAAGUCACCAUUUUCUUUUUCUCUGGCCACACCAACUUCAUCUUUAACUUCAUUUAAAUUCUUGGAGGCCAAAUCAAAAGUAUCUACAGGAAGUCAUAUAAAGCGUACAGCGCGAAGGAGUUUAGAUUCUGCUGACAGACAGUUUAGCGCUUUACCUACCAGGAAUGAUAGACGAUCUUUUCAACCCGACCAUUAUCUUGGUACAAAUUGUUGAGAACAAAAGUUAUGUCCCAUCAAUGUGUUCAAUUAUUUAUUGUACUGGUUUUAUUUUAUAUAGGAAAUUUGAAUAAUGGUUUCUCAACAGCAUUGUUUUGUUUGUUAUGUUUAGAUAGAUAAACUAUUUGUUCUGGAGUUUAUUUUAGAUGGUAAAAUUGUUAAAUGUUUUAUGAUCUGUCAGACACCUACUUGCUGUUUUCUGAUACAUAAUGAAUUAUCAAUGGCAGUAUGCUUAUCAAGACACCAAAUACUUCUAAAUUGGUAUUUUGUUUAUAUUUUUUUAUUUUACCUAUGACAGAUUAUUUUUGAAGUAAUGACUUUUUAAAACCAGUAGGGCUGACAUAUAAAUUUAGUACAAAUGUUCUUAUUAUUUACAUUGGCAAUGAGAGGAAAGGGAAAGAAAAUCUCAGUUUACAUGAUAAUAGUCAAGUGUCAUUCAUAAAUCUAUUUAAAAUUUAAUAUUAUUUAGCAAUUAAUUUAUAUUCAGGAUAAAUUUACAGAAACGAACUUUUAUAUGAUUAGCAGCUUGAAAUGCUCCAUGUUUCAAUGUUAAAACAGUUAUUUCCUUAUAAAUGUACUUUAUAAAUUUGAAGUAAAAUUUUAUGAAUCAGUGGAUAUGUCAAUGGAUAAUACAGGAAGUUUCGUAUUAGAAGCCAUUCACUUUUAAGAACUAGUUAAGUUUAUAAGUGUGUCAUUAAUUCUAUAGUGUUCCUUUCCUGGUUGAGAAGGUUCAAAAAAUCUAAAUCUUUAUGUUUUCAUAUUUUCUAAUUUGUUGUAUAUUACAUAAGAAUUAUUCCAAAUUGAUGCACAUUUAUUAGGUUAAAGUGUUAAGAUUGUCAUUAACAUGACCUAGAUAUUUAAAGUGUCCAAAGCUACAAGUAUGUCAGGUUGUGUAUUAGUCAUAUGGAUUUAUGAUAUCAUUUCAGUCAUGCCUCUCAAGUAAGCCAAAGAUCAUAGAUACAAAUGGGUCACUUUGUUUGAUAACUCCUUUAAUGCAAGCGUAUGAUUAAUUCAUUCACGGUUUGUUCUAUGUGAUUCUGUGGAAAUGAUAUGCUCAAAAGAUUCAUCCUUCUUUGUAUAUUACAUAUGUUUAAUAUUAAGCUUGUAUAGAAAAAAACAUAAACAGAUUUUAUAUACAGUACAUAUAUUUAUUUUGACUGUUUUGUUAUAUGUUGACGUCUGUUUCUCAAUUUAUUAAAUAAAUGAAAUAUAUAGCCUGCUAUAUACACAUUUUAAGGUGUGUAAUAAGUCACUAUCUAAUGUGAACCAUCUAAAUUGAAUUUUCACAGCUUUAGUGCUGAAUAAUGCUUUACAUUAUUUCUAGGUGUCAUAGAGAAUUUGUAUUAAGCCAAACAAAGACACCUUUCAGUUAUUAAAAUUCUGUACUUUAUGUUUUUUUAUUGAACAUAUUUAAUAGUGGCACAAGUGAGAAUUUUAGCAUUGUAUAUACUUCACCAGGAUUGUGCAAUUUGCAUCUGUUUAUUUUAUGUUUUGGAUGCUUUCAAAUUGCAAUUUUGAAAAACCAAUGUUGUUUUAUUUGAAGUUAUGGAUUUGUAUUAUGUUGAUUGAAAGAGUUGUUUCAGUAAAUAUUGAAACAUUUUAUUUUAAAAGGACCUUUUAAGUUUUUACAUGUAGGUUGUAAAAUUAUUUAUUUUAAAAUCAGGAAUCAUUGUUGUUUACACAUUACUGUUAAUGAAUUAAUGAGGAAAUUCUCAGUAAUUUUGUGACUCAAAUUUUAAUAUAGACAUGUAGUACAAGUGUAGUGUUAUACGUUGUGUCAUUGUGAAAGUACUGUAUAUUACUGACAUUAUUUUUGUAAAUAACUGCAUACAACUUGUAUCUGUAUACUAUAUAUGUGCCAAAUGAUAAUGUAAGAAAUUUGUGAUAGAAUUAUUAUGUAAAUUGUGAUAAUUACAAUGUAUAACAGUGGUAUACUAUAUCUGACUUGUAUUGGGCAUUCAUAAUAUUUUGUUAUUGUAUUUGAAAAUUUCAAUACAGAGGAUCUGCUAAAUUUGUCUGUAUUUUAAGUUCAACCCUUUAUAUAAUUUUAUAUAAGUUGACAAAGCUUCGCUCUCAACAUAUAUUUUCCAUGAAAAUUUUAUGGACAAAAUGAGAUUUUGUACUCAGUAACAAGCAGAACUCCUCCCUAAGUUGAAAGUUCAGUUGUAUGAACUAGUUACUGAUGGGGAAACUUUCUAUAAUAUGAGCAAAGUAUUCUGGAGCUUAAUGUGUCACAUUAGAUCAAACAGAUAUAGGGGAAAUAUAUUUGGAAUAUUUCCAUUUAUUUUAAGAAAUGAAAAUAUUUUAGAGUGCCAUUGAACAAAGUCUACCCUUAAUACAAUGCUCCAUAUAAGAUAUGUCAGACAAAUUCAGUCCUUGGAUCAAUGUUGAAAUAUUUCCAUGAAAAUCUAGGUAUCAUGAAGAGCAAUAUCACAGAAAUUCACAAAAAUUUGGAUAAGACAUUACUAAGUUGUAAAGCUUGUGUCUAAUCCAUUUGUCAUUUUGAACAAUAAAAUUUGUUUUAACUAAACUCAACAGAAAUUCAGGCUUCCUUCAGCAUAAUUAUAUACUUCUUCAACCAAAGCCUCUGGAAAUUUGCUGAUCUUGUGCAUGCAUUCUCACCAUAAUUUCCAUAACUACUUUCGAUGUUUUCAUGGUCAAGAAAAGCUUUUGUUUUUUUGUUUCUGUGACAUUUCAUUGCACAACAUUUUUUCAGCACAAUAAGAAUUAGAUAAUUCAUUGAGAGCUUAACUUAUUGCUUGCCACAGACUUUUUUUUCUGUCAUCCCAUAAAUUAAGAUGAAAAUGUUUUGAUAAAGUGCAUCGCUUACAAAACUGGUGCUUGUGAUAUCAUUAUGUAUUAAAAACAUGAUAAAUCAUAGAUCAAUUAAAUUAUAUCAUAAGUUGUGACUAGAUUUUUCCUGGGUUCUUUAUAACUUACCAGACUAUGUUGACAUCUGACAUUUGUUGAAGGUAUAACAGUGACCUAUUGAUGUGUUUAUCGACUAUAAAUAACGGAGAUAAAUGUUAGAUUACAAUGGGACAGAAUAAGGGAAUGAUGGGAAUGAUGGGGACACGGGUAACACUAUCUGUCGAGUUGUGGGGCAUAAAAAUUACACAAGUGUAGUUUACUGCUUUGAAAGGCAGGAAAAGAUGUAGAAAGUAAUCGAAACAAAAGGUGUUUCUUUUCUAUAGAAUAUAACAAUGAUCUUUUUUGUUAACACUGUACAAUGUAUAUAUUGACAAUUGUAUCUUAAAGAGCAAUAUUACGAAUUUUUCAAUGGUUUGUACAUUAUUUUGAUUAAACUUGAUUUAUUAAUGGAAUAGAAGAUCUGUACAUCAGGCAGCAUUUAAUGUAUAGGUUGUGUUUUAAUAGAGAUUAUAUUUAGUUGUUUGUUUUCUUUUUUUAAUCAUGUUGAUUAUCUUGCUUUUUUUUAAAAAUCUUAUUACACCAAAAAGUUUUUACAUGAAUAAUUUUCUGAAAUUCUUUUGCUGUAGAUCUCUUCAAUAAGUUCAUUUUCUGAAUACUGGAUAUUUAAUUAUAUAUAAUGAAAUGAGGAGUUAUUCCCAUGCGGGCCAUUUAAGAUUAAGGCUUUUCACUGCAGUUAUUUGCAGUUAUAUUUGUUUUACAUGAGUAUGAAUAUUUUACCUCUAACUUCUAAUUAUACUUGAAAUACCUGAUAAUGUAUAAAGAUAAGUAAUUGAUCUUUUAUUAUACCUCUUUAUUGCUUUCAAUCUGUAUCUUGUGAAGGGAAGUAACUCCUUUCAAAAUAUGUAAUUUUAGAAAUCAGUGCCUUCUAAAGGUGCUGUAAUAAGAUGUUUAAAUUGUUCUUUAUACAAAAAAGCUAUAUUUGUCAUUGUUUCAGACAUUCAUUGCUGUGAUUUUCAUUUCAAGAGCUUGGCUUUUAUAUUUGAUUCUCAUUAUGCCUCUUCUAAAUUGAAAAUAAAUGUCAUUAAAUUGGGCAUAGCUUUAUAUUUAGCUGGAAACUUAUACAUCAGUAUACAAUGGAGCAACAUGAUAACUUUUGUAUAUGGGAAGUUUGGAUAUCAGUUUAACAUUACAUAAAAUAGGCCAGUUUUAUGUCAGUUCCUUAAUUGAACACAUUUGUGUAUACCGGUAUGUGAAUUCAUAAAAAACAAAUAAGAUCAUAAAGUAUUUUUCUAAUUGUAAAUGAAAAUCCAUACAUAAUUAUUUCUCAAAUUUUGAUGCAUAAUAAGGUAUAGCAAUUUUUGGGAUAAGUUUUGCAUGAAAUGUGAGUAAAACUGUUCUGCCACUAGCUUGAAAUGCAUAUUUUCUAGGCCUCAAUCCUACAUUUGUGAGCAAAACGAAAAAAUAGUGGACUGAGAAUUAACUUUCUUUGGAUCCUUUAUUUAUCUAAUCUAAAAAUGUAUUAAAGGGACUGACUUAAAACUGACUAUUGCUUAUUGGAACAGGAAAGGAAAUAUUGUAUGCCAAAUUUCUAAGUGCUUCUUUAUUUCUCAACUAUUUAUAAUCAUGUCUCAUGGAAAAAUGGAUUCAGGAAAUCAGACAAUAAAAAUAAAUUAUCAAAUAAAUGAUUUUAGUUUCUUUUUUAUGUUUCUGGCCUUUAA